AUGAAGCGCCCAAAUCCUCCCGAGUUCGACCAACCGUCGAGGGCAGCCAAACGCAACCGCAUACUCCCCAGAAAGAUAGGCUUGAGGCUGUUCACGCGGGACGUCAAAUUCGCCCUGCCGCUGGCACCAAGCAAGGCCGAACGAAUGAUACCCGGGCCCGCGGUCGACGAAGCAACCGAAGCCGCACUGGGCCAGUGCGUCGACGUCGCUCUGAAGCUCUUGGAGGAGGGUCGAGGCAACACGGUGCUCGUCAACAUCGGCAAGCAGAUCGUGGCGGAGCGCAGAGAGGCUGCUCGGGCGGGCACGGCGCCGGAGGUGGGAAUCUACAGCGGCGAUAUCGAGGAUAUGCCGAUAUGGGUUGCCAGAUUCUUAGGGCAGGUACGGCAGUCUGGGAUUCCGAUUUGCGUCUGCGAUAGCCUCGUUGGCUACGGCUUGACGCAGAGGUGGGCCUGGGGUGGUGACAUGGAGGAUUAUGACUGCAGGACUAGUGCCGUGGUCUACAUACACCAGGGACUGGUGGAAAGUCUGCUCAAAUCAAAAAGCAAUAUCGAGCAGUGCACGACACAACUACAGAACCUGACCGCAGAGAUCCAGGACGGCACCAAGAGAAUAGACAACAGCACCAGGGCAACGUUCCAACGCCUCCGACGAGCUCAAGCAAAUGCCCAAAUGAGUUUUGAGAGGGCAGUCUUCUGCAUCUCAGCCAUCCUCGCGCACGAGUUCGUGCACUGCUUCACGGGGUUCCUGACGGGCGGCGCCGAGCCAGGGACACCGCCAGGGCUGAACGCGUCGCCCUACAGCGACCGCGAGCACGGAGAGGCGGGGUGGAACUGGAGCCGGCGCACGUUCGGCGGGUUGGGCCACGUCUGGUUCGGCAAGGACGAGCCUGCGGAGCCCGAACAGUUCGGUGUCCCGACGCUGUUGGAGUACAACAAGCGGUCUGGCGGCUCGUUCUUCUAUCAGCUCGACCACGCGGUGAUCAGAAAGGUCAUUGGCAUGGACUGGGUGGCUGUGAACAAAUCCGAUCCGAACUGGAUUCUCAAGCUCAAGGUCCAGAGCACAAAGACACCAUACAAAGCGUGGAACUCUGCUUAUGAGGAAGUGGUAGUGCGCAGCAAUGGCAGACCCAACCUAUUCAGAAGUCAAAAGAUGGGGUCAAAAGAAGGCAGCUUCAUACAAAAGUAA